AUGAAGGCACUCGUCUACUCAGGCACAGGCAAAGUCGCCCUCGAGGACCGCCCUAAACCCACUAUUUCCUCCCCGACGGACGCCAUUGUCAAGCUCAAAUACGGCACGAUUUGCGGUACAGACCUACACAUUAUCAAAGGUGACGUGCCCACUGCGACUCCGGGCCGAAUCCUGGGCCACGAGGGCGUGGGCACCAUUGAUGAAGUAGGUUCAAGUGUUGCGGGGCUGGAUAAAGGUGACACGGUGCUAAUCUCAUGCAUCACUGCGUGUGGGACGUGUUCGUUCUGCCGGAAGGGAAUGAGCUCGCAUUGUGAGCAUGGAGGCUGGAUUCUUGGGAACACAAUCGACGGAACGCAAGCGGAGUACGUCAGGAUCCCGUGGGCGAUGUCGUCGUUGUACAAGCUGCCCGAGACUGUUAAUCUGGCGGAGGCAGUUAUGCUCUCAGAUGCCCUGCCAACAGGAUUUGAAUGCGGAACGUUGAAUGGAAAAGUCCAACCAGGCUGUUCGGUAGUGAUCAUCGGCGCGGGUGCCGUUGGGUUGGCGGCGAUGAUGACUGCGCGGCUGUAUUCUCCGGCAACGUUGGUUCUCGUGGAUGUGGAUAAUUCAAGGUUGGAAACCGCGAAGCAAUUUGGCGCAACGCACACCGUCAAUUCUAAGGAGCCGGAUGGUGUUGAGCGACUGCUUGAUCUCACCGCAAAUCGUCAGGGAUACGAUGCCGUGAUCGAAGCGGUUGGCAUACCCAUUACGUUCCAGCUGUGCCAGGAGCUUGUUGCACCGGGAGGUGUCAUUGCCAACGUGGGUGUCCACGGAAAAAAGGUUGACUUGCAUCUGGAAAGGCUAUGGGAUAAAAAUAUCAGUAUCACAACUAGACUUGUCGAUGCGACAACGAUUCCAAUGCUUUUGAGGCUAUUCGAAACCAAUGCCCUUAAUGUCUCUAGGCUCAUCACUCAUCGCUACAAUUUUGGAGAGUGCGAGAAAGCGUACGAAACCUUCAAAGCAGCCGCUGAUCAUCAAGCCCUGAAGGUAUCCAUUGAAUUUUAG